AUCAUCUCUAUUUUUAACCAGUAUGCUAGCAGUGUACUACAGUGCUGCUUACUGAAGUGAACUCACUUAACUAAAAGAAGACACACGUUUCAAGUCAUUGCUGAGAUGACUCUACAGUUCAAAGAUGCCUUUUGGGGAGUCGAUUUCAUCAGUAAUGUGGGAUAUGAGGCCCUAACUCAAAGACUUUGUGAUGGCCGGCGUACUUGUAAAGACAUUGAGGAACUCUUAAAGAUGAGGGCAUCUGCUGAGGAAAGAUAUGGCAAGGAGCUGGUGACUAUUGCACGCAAGCCAGGAGGGCUCUGCGAGAUAAGCACUUUGAAACAAUCCAUUGAUCAACUCAAAACUGAGAUAGAAAACAUUGGGAAUCUGCAUUUACAGCUCUCUGGGAUGUUGAAGGAGGAGGUAAAGAGGAUGGAACUGUUUAGGGAGCGACAGAAAGAUCAGAGAAAAAAGUUUGAGGGAAUCAUGGAGAAGGUUCAGAAGACCAAAGUCUCUCUGUAUAAGAAAACUAUGGAGUGUAAGAGGUUCUAUGAUCAGCGAUGCAGAGAAGCUGAUGAUGCCGAGCAGGUUGCUGAGAAGAUGGGCAGUACAGCGACAGCCACACCUAAACAGACAGAGAGGUUGCACAAUAAAGCUAAGCAGUGCAGAGAGGCUGCAACAGAGGCAGAGAAGCAGUACAUUUCAAAUGUGGAACAACUUGACAAGAUUCGUCAAGAGUGGGAAUCCACACACACAAGCACAUGUGAGGUGUUUCAGCAGCAGGAAGAAGAUCGUAUCAACAUAAUCAGGAACGUCAUGUGGGUGCACUGUAACCAUUUCUCCAUGCAAUGUGUCAAAGAUGAUGAGUGUUUUGAGAAAGUUCGGAAAACACUAGAACUGUGUGAUAUCACUGCAGACAACAACUCCUUUGUUGAAAUUAAAAGCACCGGCUCAAAUCCCCCAGCACCCAUACUGUUUCAGAACUACUAUGCGAGAGAAUCAACUUCAGACACUAAUGGUAGCACCCGUUUUGUCGAGGGAGUCAUGAAGAGGUUUUCAAAUCUCCUCCAAGGAAACUGCUCUACUGGCUCUAAAACAAACAUUGAUGAUUGUGUCCAGGCACCAGUGCCACCUACUGCUGAUGCAUCAGAUGGCGUGUACGCCUCCAUCCCUGGAUUUCCGCAUGACCAGCCAAGCAACUUAGAGAAAACUGAGGAGUACCAGGCUCUGUAUGACUAUAUGGCUCAGGGUGACGAUGAGCUCACACUCUCUGCAGGGGAGACAGUAAUGGUUCUGGACCAGGGUGUUGAUGGCUGGUGGACAGUGAAGAGGAAUGACCAGUCUGGAUUCGUGCCUGGGUCCUACCUGGCCAGACACUGAACACAUGACUGAAAUGCGUAGCACCAUGCUCUCUACUUACUGUCCAACCUCUCGCUAUUAUUUGGUUUGUCCAUGCUCCUGCUUAUUAAUGCCUCAUAGUUACUUCGGAUUUCAUCCUACUGUUUAUGCUUAGCAAUCUGGAAUACUUUUAACAAAGCUUUAUCUAAGGAUAGACACAUUCAUUAUUUAUUUUUGAGGAAAAAGGCAUGCACUUCACUUUCCCUUCAAGUCUAAGUUAGGCACUACAUGUUUGUAUGGAGGGAUCAUUGAAGAUGCUGAAUAAAAUAGUUUCACACAUG